AUGUCGCUUCGGCAGUCAUGUCUGCGCCUUCAACCGACAGCGCUGGUGGUUUCUACCCUUUGCCGACUGCUGCGGCACUGUGAGCGGCACCCGGAGCGCUUUGAACUGGCGGAAAUGUACAAGUUUGGUAUCCUUCUAAAGGAUCCCAACGACGUGCUGGACUUGAGCUCGAACACAGAACUCUUGAAAAACUUGGCGAACCGCUAUGCGCAGAUCCGCGAGGCUGCCUCGCCUUUUCAAAAAUCAUUGUUGGAUGCGGUACUGCCACGCUCGCAGGCUGAGGCGGAAGACGGGAGUGGUGCAGCAGGGACUGGAGCCCCGGACGCGGAGCUGACAGCGGGCUCGCCUAGUGUGUUGGACGCUGCCACGCCGGUGACAGCGAAUGAGUACUUCAAGGCCAUCAUGGAUUUGGUGAAGGAUGCGGAGGCGGAGCACUACCGCACCUUUUCUCGCGAAGCGCGUGCUUCAGAGCGCAAAGCGCCUUUCAGUGAUGACACUAGCGCAGCGGGUCUCGGUGAAGUGCUUGGAAGCAGUCGCACCAAAGCGUUGGAGGCGCACCUCACCUCCCUUGAGCCCAACCUUCGUAAAAUCUCGCCAGCAGAGACGUGUAACCUCAUCAAAGCACUGGCGAAGCUCAACUACACCAAUUACGACCGCGCCAUGCUGCUGACACGGCGCGGAUGUGAAAUCUCUGGACAACUGAAGCGCCGCGAGCUCUGCCAGCUCUUCUUCAACCUGCAUAAGCUGCACACGCGCGACUCCUUAGUCGCCAUCGUGAACCACCUACUCGACCAUAUGACGAAACUGACAGCCGACGACGUGUUUUUGCUCUGUCAAGCGCUUGAGCGGCAGGAGAACACGUCGUCGGCAUCGCAGCGCCUCUUGGCACCGCUAAUAGUGCAAGCUAUCAGGAAGCUGCCCGAAGCCCCCUCGCCAGGUUACCAUCGCGCGCUGCUGGUGUCUAUGGCGCGCUACAAUGUGGUGCAGCCUACUGCCGUGCAAGUCGUGCUCCGGGAUUGGAUGGAACACUGGAAGGCGAGGACCUCAGAGCGGGAUUUGCUGAAAGUGUUCGAAGCCGCCGCGUCGCUGAUGUCGGCCUCAAAGUUGGAGGGCUUGGAGCAGCUGGUUGAGCGUCUCACAGAGCUGGCGCCCACGAUGGAAAUUGGCAAUAUGGACCGUGCUAUGGACCUUCUCUCACUGAUGCCAAUAGACAUGAGUACCACAUGCAUGAUGUUGAUGCUGCAAAGGCUCGUUGACGAGGCAGGUCGCCUGAGCGUGGGCCAGGUCGUGUUCAUCUUGCAGCUGCUCUCCACCUACCCAUCAGCCAAAGGGCACACGGCGGUGGUGUCCAUGGCCUACGCGGCAUCAGUCCGUGCCCCUUCUAUGGACACCGAGUCACUUGAGAGCGUCGUCAUAUCGCUCGCGAUGCUGCAGCUCUACACGGAUGAUUUCUUCACCAUUGCACACGUGUUGCAGACACAAAAGGGUGGCAUGCGCAGCUUUGCGGCGGCGCAGGAGUUGCUCCGGCAUUGCACACCGGAGAUGGCCGCCACCAAGCGCGGUCUCGGGUUACUAGCGAACGUCAUCUGCACUUUGGCUCCGAUGCUGAACGAUGAAGAGCUCACCUCGUGCCGCCAUGCACUGGUGGGCUUGGGGGUGCAAGACCGCGACGUCUUGCAGAGCAUCUUUACGAAGGCGAAGCAGCUUCACCGCAUCCAGCCCACUGGCCACUCGCGCAAGAAGCGGCGCGGCAACUAUGAUCCUAUGGAAGGCCUGCUCUGA